AUGGCCCCUGCCCUCUCGAACCCACCACGCCGGAUCCUCUUUUUGGACGCAUAUGAUUCCUUUUCCAACAACAUCGUCGCUCUUGUUGAGCAGAACACGAACGCCAAAGUCACCAAAAUUUUCAUUGAUGAAACUCGUUUCUCAACCAGCAAGUCCUUGGACCACAACAACCUGACAUUCGCUCAGUAUGUGCAAGACUUUGAUGCAAUCGUCGCCGGCCCCGGUCCAGGAUGGGCUAAAUGCGGCAAAGAUGUUGGUCUCAUGAACGACCUAUGGAAACUGCGGAACGAGGAGGUCGCACCUGUGUUAGGUAUAUGUCUGGGCUUCCAGUCACUGUGUCUGGCCUUUGGCGCCGACAUCGAGAGGCUGGUUGAGCCGAAGCACGGUAUCGUCACAUCGGUCUUGCACAAAGGACAGUCCAUGUUCAGAGAUGUGAAGAAGUUGCAGACCACGCAAUACCAUUCUUUGCAAGUUAAGCUUGGCCACCCAAUCCAGACAAACCGAGCUGUGCGAUAUCCAGCACAACUAUGGGAGUCGACAGAGACGUGUCCGCAAUUGGAACCGCUGGCAUGGGAUUUCGACAGCGAACGCAAUGGUGCGGUACUAAUGGGCGUAAAGCACAUUCAGAAGCCCUUCUGGGGCGUACAGUUCCACCCGGAGUCAGUUUGCACAAACGAGGAGGGAAGUCACAUCAUUCGAAAUUGGUGGGAAGAUGCGCAAUCCUGGAAACGCAAACGCAUGUUCAGUCAUGACGCGCGCAAAAUCACCUUAACGCCAUCGCAGCUGCGACCAAUGACUUUCCACGACUUCCGACGCGACCUCGGAUUCUACGCAGAAAGUGAUAGCAAGAAGCCGCCUAUGCAGAAAGGUGUAGCAGAGACUGACUUCCUGACAAAGGAUCGCCACGGUCUGCUUCCUGCUGAACUGGCUUCGCUGAUAGCUCACGGCGACGAGCAAACGCUUCCAUGUUUGCCGUCUACAACCGUGCACUGUGCUACGACAGGGAGUGGCCGAUUGACAGUCGAAGACGUUUGCGAACUAUUGGAAAUUCCACGGCGCGAGGCAAUAGUGCUCCAGUCUGGGCUUCAAGAAAACCUGGUACCUAUGGCGGUUGGCACUGGACGUUACAGCAUCAUUGGGCUUGUAAUUCCGGAAGAGACACUUCGAUUACACUACUACACGGGUUCGAAAAUCAUGCAACUCAGGGAUGGCCGUGAUGAGGUGCAUAGUCAGUGGAAGGUAACGGAUCCAUGGCCGUACCUAAGGAAAGCCAUAAGGACCCUCCAGCCUACAACACCACCCAGGACUACGACAUGGGCCCCGUUUUGGGGAGGUUUCAUGGGCUACGCAUCAUACGAAGCUGGACUGGAAACCAUCAACAUUCCCGUCGAGGGUGGCGCCAAUCAUCCGGACAUCUGCUUCGCAUACAUCACGAGAAGCAUAGUGUUUGAUCACCAGGUCAAGAAGAUUUACGUGCAGAGUAUCCGUGGACCCAAUGACUUUGACUGGGUUGAGGAGACGCAGGAGCUGAUCUACAACGCCUUGGAAGCAAGAUCCCGCGAGUCUACGCCAUCAUCAACGUCCACACCGGAACCUGAUCCAUUUGAGAAGCUUGGUCCCAUGUACAAGUACAUUGACUCAUGCAAGCAGAGCUUUGCAACCCGUGAGAUAUACUGCGAACAAGUCCGAUCCUGCCAGGAAGCCAUAGCUGAUGGUCAGAGCUACGAACUCUGCUUGACACACCAGAACGAGAUUCGCGCUCGUAAACCGACAGCCUGCCGCCUCUCCAAAGCCGAGGACAACCAGCACUCCUGGAACCUCUACAAACGGCUUGCUGGCCAGAACCCAGCCCCCUUCAGCGCUUACAUGCGCAUGCACAACGUCCACAUACUCUCUUCUUCCCCAGAACGCUACAUCUCCUGGACGCGCUCCCAGGCUGCUCAAUGCCGCCCGAUCAAAGGAACUGUGCAGAAGAAGCCCGGCGUCACUGCAGCCCAUGCCCAUGCCAUCCUGUCUUCCUCGAAAGAACGCGCCGAAAACCUCAUGAUUGUCGAUCUAACCCGCCACCAGCUGCAUGGCGUCUACGGCUCCGAAAACGUCCGCGUCAGCCAGCUGAUGGAGGUGGAAGAAUACGAAACCGUCUGGCAGCUCGUCACUGUGGUCGAUGCCUUGCCUCCCGGCGUCUACAAACCCAGCACGCCCGAACUGUGGGAGGACCCUGUUGACGGCUCGAGCGGACUCAUCGCCAGGACCUCUGUCCCAGACCUCGGCUUCCAAGCAUUCGUCGAGAGCCUGCCACCGGGCAGCAUGACCGGUGCGCCGAAAAAGCGUUCCUGCGAGAUUCUCCAAGAACAGGAGCGCGGGCAGAAGAGGGGCAUAUACUCGGGCGUGCUGGGCUACCUCGAUGUAGGCGGCGGAGGCGACUUCAGCGUCGUAAUCCGCACCGCCAUCAAAAUCGACACCGUCUCCUACCACUCCUCCCCCACGCUCCCCACCGCGCCCGCAACCUCGUCCACCUCGCCCACCACCCCAAGCGCGCACUCGGAAGACCUCUGGCGCAUCCCCGCCGGCGGCGCCGUGACCUCCCAAUCCACACCCGACGCCGAGUACGACGAGAUGCUCGCCAAACUGCACUCCACGGCCCGCGCCUUCACGCACCUCCCCCCGCCCCCGCCCAGGGCGAAGAAACCCCGCGUCGAGCUCGUCCACCCGGAUCACCCCGACUACGAGGCGCUGUGGAACCAGACGCUGCGCGGUGAGGACGGGGUGGAAUUGGAUAUCGAUACCACGGAUGUCGAGACUGUGCUUAGGCUGUUGCAGGAGACGCUUCAGAGGACGCUGGAGCAGGGAAUUGGGAUUGUGGAUGAGGGGGAUGGGGAUGAGGGGGAUGGGGAGGAGGAGGGGGAGGAGGGGGAGGAGGGAGAGGAGGGGGAGGGAGAGGGAGGGAGGGUACGGUAG